GGAUUUCUUGUCAUAAGUUGAAACUCCCCAGAUCGAAUCGUUUUUUCCUGUUUGGUCUUGUUGCAUUGAUGAACGUGAUUUGCAUUGUUAACGUGGCCACAAAACUGAAUCAAAGCUACAAACCUUCCCACUCAAUGCCCAAGGAGCAAUCUAUAUUUAUUCCCAAGGAUCCUAUCAACAUAUUUCACCAUAGUCAAACUGUGGCUGACACAGAUUUCGGUGACACCAAAGCCUUAAAUGAGGCCAAUGAUAAUGAGGAAAAGGACAAAGAAUCCGAAAAUGAGGAAGCCUUGCCAGAGGAAAAUUUUGUCAAAAGAGCUCGUUUAGCUAAAAAGUCAAGUAGGCUGUCUCGUGCAUAUCAAAGACUGCUUAAGCGGACUGUGAAAAAGAGUGCCGAUCAAAUUCGUGCUCGAAGGGAGAAGUCCAUCCCCUUCACCUAUAGCGACCCUAGGACCUAUGUUGGCCCUAUUGUUCAAGGUUGGCCCCCUUACGCCGAUCGGAAUCUUUCGAGAUACAUUAGACCCGAUAAGGAUACAUUUCCAAUCCAACCCAAGGGUAUAGAAAAGGCUUCAGCCCAAAUCUUGUUCCUGGUUCAUUCGACACCAGAGAAUUUCUCCAUGAGAGAUGGAGUGAGGAAAUCCUGGUUCUCCUUUGGAUCUGAUCGGGUGGACAAUAUGACGGCUUUGUUUAUUUUGGGGUUGCACAAGGAUCCUGAUAUCAACCAAAAAGUGCAAGAUGAGGCCAAUCAAUUUGACGAUAUUGUCCAAGCAGAUUUCAAAGAUCACUACAAUAAUCUGACUUUGAAGUCCAUGUUCUGUUUAAAGUAUUUGCUCAAAACAAAUUGGGUGGCAGCCCGAUGCAUUUACAAGGAGGUUUUAAAACUUCCCUUUUUCCAUUUGGAAGAUGUGCUCAUAACCGGCUUUGGAGCUCAAAACUGCAAUAUCACUUUGGAACACUCCAGCAAAAUCAAGACUGGCCCUCCAGAAAUGGAAGAUCUCCUACCCAACGAUGUUUUGGUCCAUUAUGUGAAGAGCCGUUCCAAGAACGUGCUCCUCAAAGUCACCCAUUUUGACUCCUUGCAAGCCAAAUAUAACGCUCUAUUGGCCCAAUUAGGAAACCAGACCAAGGAAACUCCCUUCACGAUUGUGCCCAAUUCCUAUUUUGAGUCUCGUGCCUUCAGAGAGGAACGCAUGAGUGCCCAAUACAGAAGGGACAUGCUGAGGCUGAAAUAUCGCCUUGAUAAGAAUCAUAACGGGACGGCGCAGACUUGAACAAUGUUCUUGAGGUGCUUGAAUUUUUCUUUAUGCCAAAAGCUACACUUCCGAUUGAUUGACCUGCUCCAGAAGACUUGAAAUCGGUAUGAAGAAAUCG